CGGCGCGGCGCGGCAGGCCGGUGGCAAGCCGUGCUCCAGCUGUUAAGUGCCACUGAAGCCUGAAGUGAAAGGGGAGCGUUUCAGCGGGAGCAACAUGAGUUCUCAUGAGUGGACGGAUGGAGGCGAUGACUGGUCCCCAAAAAGAAAAGAGAGGGUCGGCCUGGGAGAGUGCAACCACCAGCUGCCUCUGGGAGAGAGCAGCGACACACUGGAGACUUCAUCUCUGGACGCGGCGCCCUUCCUCCCGCUGAUGGAGACCAAGCUGUACAAGCGGCGGUGGGUGAUGUUGUUCAUCUUCAGCGCCUACUCCAUGAGCAACGCCUUCAUGUGGCUGCAGUACGGCAUCAUCAGCAACAUCUUCAUGCGCUUCUACGCCAUCGACAGCCUGGCGAUCGACUGGCUCUCCAUGAUCUAUUUCCUCACCUACAUCCCCCUCAUCCUGCCCGUCACGUGGCUGCUCGAAAACCGGGGCAUACGGGACGUGGUGGUGGUGGGCUCCGCCUUCAACUGCAUCGGGGCCUGGGUCAAGACGAGCACGGCCGACCCCAACAUGUUUGCCAUGACCUUCUUGGGCCAGUUUGUGUGCUCCGUGGCCACCGUUUAUAUCCUGGGCAUCCCGUCCAGGCUUGCGUCCCUGUGGUUUGGGCGGCAGGAGGUGUCCACUGCGUGUUCCAUUGGCGUCCUGGGAAACCAGAUGGGUAUUGCCAUCGGGUUCCUGGUCCCACCCAUCCUCGUGCCUAAUGUGGACGAUAUGAACGAGCUGGCGUACCACAUCAGAAUCAUGUUCUACAUCAGCGCUGGCGUGGCCACCCUCAUCUUCAUCCUCGUGGUCAUCGUGUUUCAGGAGAGACCAGAGAUCCCUCCCACCCAGGCCCAGGCUCAAGCCAGGAGCAUCCCCCCAGAGGAGUACUCGUACAGGGCUUCGAUCGUGAGGCUGCUGAGCAACAAGCCCUUCAUGCUCCUGGUAGUCAGCUAUGGGCUGAACGUUGGCUGCUUCUAUGCUGUUUCCACCCUCUUGAAUCGGAUGAUCAUUGAACACUAUCCUGGUGAAGAGGUGAAUGCUGGGAGGAUUGGUCUGACUAUUGUCACGGCUGGCAUGGUGGGGUCCCUCUUAUGUGGCAUUUGGCUGGACAAGACCAAAACAUACAAACAAACCACCUUGGUCGUAUAUCUUCUCUCUCUGAUUGGGAUGCUGGUCUAUGCCUUCACCCUCAACCUGGGUCACCUGUGGGUGGUGUUUCUCACAGCUGGAAUUUUAGGCUUCUUCAUGACGGGAUAUCUACCUCUGGGCUUUGAGUUUGCAGUAGAGCUCACCUUUCCAGAAUCAGAGGGAACCUCAUCUGGACUGCUUAACUGUUCAGCUCAGAUCUUUGGAAUUAUUUUCACCAUCGCCCAAGGAAAGAUUAUCGAUAAAUGGGGCACUUUAGCGGGGAACGUCUUCCUGAGUAUCUUUCUGCUAAUAGGAACAGUAAUGACAGGAUUAAUCAAGUCUGACCUCCGGCGGCAGAAGGCCAACCUACAGGCUGAGGUGCAGACAGUGAGUCCUACAGGCUCCGUGUCGUCGGUGCAGGACUACGGGGCCACAACGUGCAGCAGCCCCUGGCAACGGCGGCCUUGACAUAAACCCACAACCUCACUAUAACCAAAACGCACACCUGAUAAGAAAAUGACAGCUGAUCUGGAAGAAGUCGUCCCUCCACCUGAAAUUCUGAAGGAGAGGAAGUUAUGAGGAGGACGGAAUCCCUCCAUCAAAGACGACGUGUACAGAUAAAAGCAGAAACAUAGACAUGCAUGAACACGCACACGUGGCCGCGGAGAGAAAGUGCUGCUGUGACGAGCGACCACAUGGAGACUGACUCAAGCUGAGCAGCCCUCUGUGAGCCUCGAUGGCUGCAGCGAGAACCGGCAGACCUGCUGUGUGUUUGAUGUACUGUACAACAUGAUGUACUGCAUGGACGCCAGGCGAUUCACACUCACACCCCAAGUGCAACUUAACUCACCCCAAAGCAAGCACAAGUCAAUUCACAAGGGGAAAGCACAUGGAACCUCAAUGGUUUUUACAAAAAACAGAAUUUUAUCCAUUAGAGGAAUUUUACACGUCUUGUCAGUGUAAUGCAGCUGCCACUUCAGUGACUCCAGCAAUAUGACCUUUUAGCUGAACCGUUUCUGAAGCUUUUACCGUCCCUCACUGAUCCCUGUUAGUGUAGUUUUCUGUGCAUCUAUGAGCAAUAUUUAAACUGAGUAUGUCCUAAUAUCGGGCCGAUAUCGUGUGUAGCUGAACUCAGUCUUUACUUGCUGAAGGUUUUCAUGACGAGUGUUCUGUUUUUAGAAUCAGGUCACCCGGCAGCUCAGCAGGGCUUCAUCAUCCCUGCCUGCCUUUCAGUGUGAAGUGUUACUCCUGAAUACUGCUGAUUGUAAAUAUGAUUGAUGCUGUGCAUCUGAGUACGCUUUGGGGGGUCAGUUUAGUCCUUGUUUUACUGUAACGCGACGGAUCUGAAUCGACAUGUGAGAGCAGCACAAGACAUGACGGAAGGAUGCAAAUCGGUCUACUGCAGUUAUCAUUUUGCACAAGAAGAUGUUUUUAUGUAUCGUACUCUUAACUUUUGAUUUGUUUCUGAGAAAUGUAGUUCAUGCUGUGUGACCAGUGUUGGGUUUUACAUGCCGUGUUGUGGCUGCUUGUCUGGUAAGUUUACGAUUUCUUAAUGAUUUUGUGAUUUUAAGAGGUGUUAGUCAUUCUUCCAGUGGCAUUUGUCGGAUAUUUUACAGUGCUGUGAAAACAGUUCUACACUCCUAGGUGUUUUUUUUCCUUGUUUUGUAUUCUACAAAUUAAUUCUUACUGUAAUUAACAUUUUUUAGACUGGAUUCAUGCUGUAGUGUUUUCUAUUACACUAAUAAGAAAAUUAAUCAAGUAAAAAAAACAAAUCAAAGCAUUAUACACAUGAAUCAGAGGAUGCAAUGGAGUGUGUUUUGUCCCCUCUCUAACAGUGUCUCUAUGUAUCUCUGGAUAUAAAAAGGAGAGCAUGAGAAUGUAUUAAUUUGCACCUUAAAAACUUCACAUAGCAGUGUAUUCAUGUUUUCUGCAUUUAAGUCCAUCAUAAAGCAGAGAUAAAAAGGCAGAAUUAACACAUUUUUUCAUUUCAAGUUUAUAAAAACACAUCAUUUGCUCAUUUCUUAAGAGGAAAACAUCAAAAAUCAAAUAAUUUCAUUUUAAAAAUGUUUUAUAGGAGAAAAAAGUUGUGCAUGAAUUCAAAAGGUGUCCAAACUUUUCACAGCACAGAACAAACAUCAAGAAUAAUUUCUGAUAUACUUGUUUGUGAUACUUUGUAAUGAAGAGCUUAGUUUUGUACUGUAUAGUCAUCUGAGGUCUUUGGUAUAUUAUGAACUUACUAUGAAAACUACUAUGAAAAGUAAAAAGUAUGGUGGUAAUAAAACAAUCAACAUUCUGAAUGAAAUCUCUGCUGGAUUAUUUAUGUCAUCAUUUCACUC